AUGGUCAAGGUCCGUUAUCCCGUGUUAAUAAUCACCCUUGAGUUUUAUUUCAUAUUUGAUGCUCCAUUCAAGUCAUUGAAGAUCAUUCGGUAUCUAACGUUUGUCAUUUGUACGUUAGCAGGCAGUCUAGGUCUGGAAAUAUUGCAACAUAUUGUUAAUCCAGCAAGAGUGUUUGAUCCUUACGAUAUUUUGUGCAAUGUUCUUGGCAGUUUGCUUGGUUUGGGAAUAUCAAUAACUUACCUGCAUUACAAAAAGGGGAAAGCUAAAAAGGAGAGAUUCAGGUAUAAUAGAUUGAUGAAUAGUGAUUUACGCGCGGUUGAGGAAAUAGUGCUCGAAGAAGGAGAUUGUAGUGUUGCUAACGGAGAAAAUAGCGGCAGGUCGACCCCGAAUGAUUACGUUAAUAUACAAAUGAAGGAUUUUUGA